GCUCCCCGGUGCUGAGGGCUCCGCGGUGCUGAGGGGUGCGGGCCCCCUGGGGGCCUGUGAGGGCGGAAGAGAACGGGGCUGUGAGGCGCUGCGAUGCAGAGACCCUGCUUAAGGAACUGGACUAAUCACCUGAAUGCACCCUUAGAACCAGUUUCUAAACUCAAGCAUAUGAGGGCUGCUUUGUCUUUCCAGGUUGACAGGAGCAAGAAGGGUGUUUUUGGGAAUGUGAUGGCGGGUGCUCAAGAGGAUGGCAGGCUUGGAGCCAAAUCUGUGCAGCACACUGGCCAUACUGUUCAGAAGAAGCCUUCAAAUACAUCCCAGGGAGCAGGAAGGGUACAGCCAGGGAACAUCAUGAUGCUUCCUGCUUCUACACAGGCUAGUGGCAGGCUCCCACCUUCAGGCUCUGCUCACCUAAACCCAGAAAGGAACCAGAAGCCUGCACAGGAGACUGUCAGUGCUGCAGCAGCUCAGGUGGGAAGUGACCACCCUCCUCCUGGAGCACCUCACUCUCUGAAUAAGGGGCUGCAGGGCAGGCUGGUCUGCCACAAGGAAAACUUCGACCCACGAGCCUCCACAUCCCUGGAGCCAAGCAGAACUUUCCAAUCUGAUGCAAACAGUCUCAGGAAGACAGGAGUCUUGGCCCACAGGCAAAGUUCAGCUGUAACAUCAAGGCCUGUUCUGGGUCCAAAAGGCAGAAUUAGUAACCAGCAGCCUAAGGAAGAGCCAGUUGUGGACAAAUUCAGGAAAAGCCUGUCAGAAUCAAAGAACAUAUCUCAAAAUACAAGUAUCAGAACUCAGCCAUUGCAGCCCUCUGGAUUCCUUCCUGCUUCUGCUGAUUUGCUACUUAAGAACUCUGGGACAAACCAGGGAAAAACUUCUGUGUUGAGGCAACCUGGCAGCACUCCAGGGGGAAGUCUUAAGCACCAUGGCCAACCUCCCCCAGCUAGAAGAUCUCCCACCAAGCCUCCCACUUUGGGCAAGCCCCAGGGUACCACAAACCUGGAAACCAGCCUGAACCCAGGUGUCACUUUGCCAUGGCCAAGGCCCAUGGUUAAAGAGGACAUGGACAGGAAGGACAUGAGGCUGGUACUUCCUGGACACACAGCAGCAUGCCAAGGGACAGGUCACCCAAACCAGUCCUGCAGCUGGUUGCACAGCUCCAAAACUCACAUACUUGAGGAUGGUUUGAGGGGAGAGCAGCUUAAGCCAGAACUGCCGAAGGCAAGUGGCAUGCAAGCUAGGCGGAUUCCAAGGAUCCCAUCAGCUGCAGACCGUAAGAAACAGCUGGAGGAGUGGUUGGCAUCCAAAGGCAAGAAAUACAAGCGACCACCGAUGGCGCAGCUUCAGAAGCAGGCAGUGAAACCAUCCUGUAGGAAGGUCAAAGCAAAAGAGAAUCAAGAGAAUCCAGAGCAGCACUGCCAAGUGAUGAUCGAUGGCAUAUUAACUGAGUGCCUGAAGCUCAUUGAGGAGGGUGUCCAUGCAGAGGAGAUCUCAGCGGUGCUGUCCCUUGUGCCCCAGGCAGAGAAAUUUGCCAAAUUCUGGAUCUGCCAAGCAAAGAUGCUGGCCCAGAGUGGCCCCUUUGACGUGUUGCAGCUGUACAGAGAAGCAGUCGUUGCUGGGGCUGAGCCAAUCGAGGAGCUCAGGGAAACUGUUCUCAAUAUUUUGAAGGAUGCAGACCAAAAAUUGGAAGGAGAAAAGGUGGAGGAACCCAUUCAUUGGGAGCCUAGGAGGUGUUGUCCAGGUGAGAGGCAGCCCAUAGCAUCGACUCCAGGCCUGGUGGGGAGGCCUGUGACCUCCCUUCCCCUCUCAGUCAAGUUACAGGUUACACCUGUAUCCAGAGGAAGGGAAUUCCUGGAAGGCCCAGAAUGGAAAUUUCUGACACCUGUGCGGCGCUCCCUACGGAUUGAGAGGGCUGGGAAUCACUACCCAGAGAUGUUGAAGGACCAUGAUCCUGUGGUAUCAUCCCUCAGUGAAAUCCUGGAUGCUGAGGAGGAGACUUGCUUCAUCUUCCGGAAAAACCUUCUGGCUUUGCCAGAAGUGACAGAGCUGGAGGGUUUGAGUUCAUAUCCCCUUGAGAGCUCCUGAGGGGUUCCCAGCAGGGAGAGGCUGCCUGCCCACCAUGCUGCCUGGUCCACACUCCCCUGACUGCUCUUGCCUCAGAUGUAGAGAGGAGCAAGCCUGUUUUAAAUUCUGUUUUAAAUUCUGUUUUAAAUUCUGUUUUAAAUUCUGUUUUAAAUAUCUAAAAACUGUUUUAUAUCUAAAUUCUAGUAUCUAAAUUCUGUUUAAAAUAUAUUAAAAUUUGCAGUGAGA